CGAGAGAUCAAAUCGAAGAUGUCGACACUGUUGACGCGCGCGGAGGUGCUUGCUCUUGCUUGCUCUCGCGGCUCGCCUGCCCUUGCCUGUUGAUUUUGUGCUACGAAUACGGUCCUUCUGGGCAUUUCAUUAACCAAUCAGAAGAAAGCAUUUUACUAAUUGACCAAUUAAAGAAACGCUUCAUUUGCAGCAACAAGUGGACCGAGUCACAAACGAAUAACCGGCUUUUUUUUGAGAUUGUAAUUAGUAGACCUGUGCUUUUCGUUAUACUUGAGCCUGGCAUCGAAUGUUUCGUCCUUUUUUCUUUGUUCUUUUCGGGGCACAAUUGCACGACUGUCUCAAUUUAAGUGCAUGAAUUGUAACACGUAGUGUCGUACAGUUCAGCUUAAAAGAGUAAGUCAAAUUGUGGCUGCCUCUCCUGGUGUACUUCCGCAUAAUCUAUAACGUCAAGGAACAGGCUUACGGUCUAUAGAAGUGGUCGCCAUUACAAAGAGAAGGAAGUGGAAGGCACCAUGGCAGCUUAAAGGCUAAGGGCAGUCGAGUCAGUGACUUAAGUGAUCGAGCGUAUUGUGUUGAAUCCUGAUAAUCUAAUCAGUUCGAACUCCUAACCUACCUCCCCGUUAAAUUUGCUACAUCGCUCUCACAAUUCAGAGCGUUCACAAGGCGAAGGAAGCCUCUCAGCGGCCGACAAAAUGCCGAAGAACAAAGGUAGAAAUGCAUUCUUCUUCUUCAUGCUCGAUUGGAAGAAACGCGCCGAGGCGAAAGGCAACGAGUUCCCUAAUGGAUUAAAGGACGUUCAACAGGAUCCGGACUGUAACGCGGAAUGGCAGAAUUUAACUAAGCAAGAAAAAGGUUUUUUUGGAGCUAAGGCCAAAAAUGAUAAAAUUGCGUCACAAAUAUCAAGCAAAGACAAGAAAACAUCAUUUGGAGAGUCAAUAAGGAUGCUUGAGCAGAAAGAAGAGGAAGCAAGAAGAUUUAUAGAAAAUAUGCACGAAAAUAUAAAAGUAAUAAUUGACUCAUCCCUAAAUCUUAAGAUUUUGCCACAAGUGAAAUUUUGUUUUGUUCACGUCAACUGGUUUUUCCGUAAGCUUAACAGUGUUAACAACACUCUUGAAUAUUUCCCGGCCGAAUAUGCAUUUGGAAUUUUUUCCUUCGAAAAUGGUAUAGAAGAGAUACAUCAUGCAAUUGUCAGUGCUCCAAUUCCAUUAGGAUAUAGACGGGAAGCACUGGAGACGAGUGCGAAUGAUCAUAAAAUACCUGUGGAAUAUCAAGGCGGAGAGAAAGAUUUUGUUGUUAUAUAUGAGAAAUUGAUAAAUUUCCUAGAAUCUAGGCAACUUGCAGGCCGAUAUACUUAUCUUUAUACAACAAAAGAAUUUACAAAACCAGUACAGUCUUUCAUAGCACAACUGUGUGAUGUAACAAAACAAGAUAAAGAGCAGUUUAAAAUUUAUGAAAUGGAAGCAUUGUUUACACAUUUGGCUAAUGAACUGUAUAAGAAAAGAAGUGAUCGUGAUAUGCAUCAUAUUUCUAUUUAUUCUGAAAAAAUAUUUAAAGAAUUUACAUAUAUCUUUGAAAAAGGAUAUGAAUGUGAGUUUCAUAAAUACGUUGAUGGAGGCCAUGAAUACUGCUGCAAAUCUGUACUGUAUCAAUGGGCAUGGACAUUGUGCGAAGAGUUUUGUGAUCCACUUGACAUCGAAAUGCAACCAAGAGUACAUUUACCUGACAAGUCUAAUAAGCCUGAUCUUGACAAUUCUGAUCCUAACAAACAUAAUCUGUGUCAUUUAAUGAGUAGCUUGCAAGUUGGUGGCAGAGAUGGUGGCCAAUCUGAGGCUAUUGGAAUUUUAUCUAUGACAGGCGUAAGUGAACAACAUAGAUUAAAAGUUUCUAGUAGAACAUAUGAAGAUGAAAUGCGCCGACGAAAUGAAUCAAAACCAGUGCAAGUUAUUGAUUGUGGCAAAGAGUCUGCCAGUGAUGAACCUGUUAACCAAAAUGUUAAUAAAAAUGCUACGUCUAUUGAAGAAGGAACUAGAUAUGUGCCAAAAUAUUUAAAUGAAAAACCAUUACGCCCUCCAAAUCUUGAUCCACGCUUUUACGUUACUGCUACAGACGAUUUUCUUCCAAUAGACGAUGAGAACUUUCCUCCUAUUGGAGGAAGGGGUGUAUCUAUCAAAUCUCGAAAGUCGGAAGUAAGAAAAGCGCCUUUAGGCAGAGGAAAAGGACAUGCAUAAACAGAUCUUUGGAAGGAUAUAUAAAAUCUGAGACAACUUCAAUACUGAUUUGAUGAGUUUUGGAUAAAAGAUAUAUCAUUCAUAAUGUAAUUUUUUUUUUAUUAUAUUAUAUUAUACCAAAGAGAUUUUUUAUUUGACGAUGGUACUUACAAAUUUUUUUAUGCGCAUCUCAAAUAUUGGAAAUAAUAAGAGAAUUUUUUCAACGUAUAAUCCGUUUAUAAACUUUACAUUUAUUUAGAAAAAAAAAAAGAAACUAUAUGGUAUACUUUUUGAUAUCAUU